AUGAUCCGCCACCAGCCGUGCUCGCACGGGGGGAGGGAUGCCGCCGCCGGCCAUGCUCGCGCGGGAGGAAAGAGGCCGCCUCCAUCUGGCCGCCCUGUCACCCCCGCGGUGGAGGAGGUGGUCGGGCCCAACGAGGUCGACUUCGUCGCCGGCGAUGACAUCUUCGCGUUCGGCUCCGGCGCGGGGGGCGCCGCGGUCGCGCUGCCGCAGGCCUACGACGGGGCCGUCGAUUGGAGCCGCCCCGACGCCCCCGCGGUUGAGGAGGUGGUCAGGCCCAACGAAGUCAACUUCGUCGUCGGCGAUGACACCUUCGCGUUCGGCUCCGGCGCGUGGGGCGUCGCGGUUGCGUUGGCGCAGGCCUCUGACGGGCCCCCUUCUCUCCUCUCACCCAUGGGAUCUAGCUUUCUGAUCGUCAACACCUGCCCCGGUUCCAUUCUCCAUCCAGAGGGACAUGUCCCUGAUCCACUUGCCUUCUCAACGGAGCCAUCGGCGGCCUCUCCUCCUCGACAAUUUCAUCCAGCCGUCUUCGUCAUCCAAUCGACCUUCCCCGUCUAUGGAGACCUCGAGCGACCUUCCUCGCAUACGACAACCUCGAUCUAG